AUGAAUAUGAUGAGAAGGUUGAAAAGCAUUGCUUCUGGGAGAACCUCUGUUUCUUCAGAUCCUGGAGAUUCUACCACAAAAAGAGCCAAGUUUGAUCAAGGGGCUGAAGGUAAAGAAAAUAAUGAAAUAAAUCGUGCUGAGGGAGGUGAAAAUAAUCAGGAUAAAUAUGUAGAUGCGUCGCAAGAAGAUACGUCUAGUAAAUCUAAUACUACUGUUUCUGCGGUCUCUAAAACUGAGAAGUCGGGUUAUGAUCAGCUACCAAAAGAGUUACAUGAAAUGAAAAUUAAAGACGAUAAAAGCAAAAACAGCAAAGAAAAGGACAUGGAGGCAACUGUUGUGAACGGAAAUGGAACAGAAGCCGGUCAAAUAAUCACAACUUCCAUUGGUGGUCGAGAUGGACAACCAAAGCGGAUAAUCUCAUACAUGGCAGAACGUGUAGUUGGGACCGGUUCUUUUGGUGUUGUUUAUCAGGCUAAGUGCGUUGAAACUGGUGAAGCUGUUGCGAUUAAGAAAGUCUUACAAGACAAGAGAUACAAAAAUAGGGAACUCCAAGUUAUGCGUAUGCUUGAACACACUAAUGUUCUUAAGCUAAAGCAUUGUUUCUACUCAACGGCUGAAAAAGAAGAAGUGUACCUUAACUUAGUGUUGGAGUAUGUACCUGAAACUGUCUACAGAGUUUCAAAGCACUAUGUGAGGAUGCACCAACACAUGCCUAUACUCUAUGUCCAACUAUAUACUUAUCAGAUAUGCCGCGGUUUAAAUUACAUGCACCAUGUGGUUGGAGUCUGUCACCGUGACAUCAAACCUCAAAAUCUAUUGGUUAAUCCAACGAGUCACCAGUUAAAGAUAUGUGAUUUUGGGAGUGCGAAAAUGUUGAUGCCUGGUGAACCCAACAUAUCAUACAUAUGCUCACGGUAUUAUAGAGCUCCAGAACUUAUAUUUGGCGCAACGGAGUACACAACUGCUAUUGAUGUUUGGUCUGCUGGCUGUGUUUUGGCUGAGCUUCUUCUAGGACAGCCGUUGUUUCCUGGAGAGAGUGGGGUUGAUCAGUUGGUAGAGAUCAUUAAGAUCUUAGGAACACCGACCCGAGAAGAAAUCAAGUGCAUGAAUCCAAAUUACACUGAGUUCAAAUUUCCUCAGAUUAAAGCUCACCCAUGGCACAAGAUCUUUCAUAAAAGUAUGCCAUCUGAAGCAGUGGAUCUUGUAUCGAGGAUGCUGCAGUAUUCGCCAAAUCUACGUUGCACUGCUUUGGAUGCAUGUGCACAUUCUUUCUUUGACGAUCUUCGGGACCCAAAUGUACGCUUACCGAACGGGCAAGAACUUCCUCCUUUGUUUGAUUUCACAGCUCAAGAGUUGGCAGGCGCAUCUGAUGAGUUGCGUCGGCGUCUCAUUCCUGAGCAUGCAAGGAGUUGA